AUGAGCGCCGUGCGUAAACUCGCACCUCGUCACGCAAAACCCGCCCAAAGGCAUUUUGCGAAAAAGGCUCCGAAAGAUGCACGUGAUCUAGACGAGUCUAGUGAUGAAGAGGAGGAACAAGUGCAGGCAGAAGACGCUGGAGACGUGCAAAUUGGGGACUAUGAUGCUCAAGAAGAGGAAACAGACUUAAAGACGUUGGUACCAGCAACUCCAGCACGGCCGCGAGGCGCAAAGACAGUCAAAGUCGCGCUUGGAAAUGUAGAAGUCAAGGAUGGCCGAGUCUUCGUCGACGGGAAAGCAGAGUCGGGAAUGACAGUCGUAGAGCAACAAAAGGCUCAAGAGUCUUCAGAGAGCGAGAGUGACGAAGAGGAGGAAGAGUCCAGCGAAGAAGAGUCGUCAGAGGAAGACGAACCUCCGAGACCUCAACUACGCCCAGUCUUCGUGUCCAAACAGCAGAGAGAAACUCUGAAAGAACGUGAUGCUAUUGCCUUUGACUCGGAAGAGGCCAUGAAAAAACGAGAACAAGCGGCCGAGGAACGCAAGAGACAGAGCGUGAACAUGGUCGGAGAGAGUAUAAAGCGUGGAAUGGAAGAGAAGGAAGCAAAGAUGCCCGGUCAAGAAAUUGACGAUACAGAUGGCUUGGACCCGGAAGCCGAGUUUAAUCUGUGGAGAAUGCGCGAGCUCAUGCGCCUAAAGAGGGAAAAGGAAGCCGAGCGAGCGCGUGAGGAAGAACGACUCGAGAUUGAGCGUAGACGGGCACUUCCAGAGGAACAGCGGCUCAAAGAAGAUAUGGAGCGUGCUAAAAAGCUUCGCGAGGCUAAACCACAGGGUUCUGGGGCAUUCUUGCAAAAGUAUUGGCACAAGGGAGCCUUCUAUCAGGAUCUCGACGAGCUCAAGAAUAGGGACUACACCGCUCCAAUCGAGUCCCAGGUGGAUAUAUCCUUGUUACCAAAAGUGAUGCAAGUCAAAGACUUUGGCAAGCGAAGUAGGACAAAGUACACAUACUUGAAAGAUCAAGACACAACGCUUGCCCCUCCACCAAAGGUUGGUGGUGCAACGCUGCCCCAACCCCCUGGCGGACAAGGCUGUUUCUUGUGUGGAGGUCCACACCUCAAGAAGGGUAAGACUGUCCUCAAAACGUUCAGUCCGGUGGACAAGCAACAGGUAGCAACUCGCGGCCUGCAGCCUCGGAGCGCAGAUGGGGUGAACGUUCACGAGAUCAAUCGUCUUGGAAAGACCGAGAUCAUUCCCCUCAGCGUAGACGAAGUCCAAGUCCACGACGUGACGAUUACCGUGGAAACCCUCGAACUUCAGAACAACAUCGCACAGGCUCGCCGCGUCAACGCUCGCGAUCGCCACACCGAUCAAGCCGUCGCCAUUCGAGAUCACGGUCACCCUAUCGAAGUCAAAGUCGAAGUGCUAAGAGACGGAGGGACAAAAAUAUAG